AUGAUGCCCCUUUAUCGGGCUCUAGGCAAUAACCUAGCGCCUCUUUACGAAGAAGAAGCUCCAACAUUUUACGUUGGUUGUUUAACACCAAAUCCCCAAGAAGGAGUUCCACCCGCUCAUGAUUUUUUAAGUGGUUAUACAACACCUGGACCAAAUGAAAGAGAAGCUAGCAGAUAUUUAAAAGCAAAUCUCGGCGUUAUGUUGGGUGUCUAUCUGCCUACAAUUCAACACAUUCUCGGUGUUACAAUGUUUAUUCGUCUUGCUUGGUGUGUUGGUGUUGCUGGGGUUGGACAAACAUUUCUUAUGCUCUUUCUAUGUUGCCUUUGUACCUUUCUCACGUGCAUCAGUGUAUCUGCUGUUGCUACAAAUGGAGUUGUAGAAGGAGGCGGUGCUUACUUUAUGAUUUCUCGAAAUUUGGGACCUGAAUUUGGUAGUGCCGUUGGAAUACUAUUUUAUUUAGCCAACACUGUGGCUACAGCAAUGUAUUUGGUUGGAGGCGUUGAAAUUCUAUUGUUAUAUCUAUUCCCUGCUUUGACCAUUGGAGGACAUGAAACUCAUACGGAUACAGGAAUAUUUGGAAUGAUGUCCAACAAUUUACGCUUCUACGGAACAAUUCUUUUGAUUGUCGAAUUUUUGAUCGUUGCUAUGGGUGUUCGUUUUGUUCAACUUUUAGCACCGAUUUCUUUGGUUUGUGUAAUUUUUUCAAUUCUUGCAUGUUAUGCUGGUGCUGUUGAAAAAACUCUUUAUCCAGAUACUGGCCAAAGGUUUUUUUAA